AUGCAUGCAAACAAGAGUUCUCCACUGAGAAAGAUGGAUGACGGCGAGGCGGACCUCACCGUCGACCUGUAUCCAUUCAUACGCGAAUACAAAGGCGGCCGUGUGGAGCGCUUCCUGCGCAGCCCAUUCGUGGCAGCGUCGGAGGACGCGGCUGCCAACCGUGGCGUGGCAACGAGGGACGUCGUCGUCGACGAAAACACCGGAGUAUCGGCACGCCUGUUUCUUCCCUCCAACGCAGCUGCCGCUGCUGCCACCGGCGGCGAGAGGCUCCCCGCCAUCAUGUACGUCCACGGCGGAUCCUUCUGCACGGAGAGCGCCUUCUGCCGCACGUACAACAACUACGCCAGGUCACUCGCCGCGCGCGCCGGGGCGCUCGUCGUGUCCGUUGAGUACCGUCUCGCGCCGGAGCAUCCCGUCCCUGCGGCCUACGACGAUGCAUGGGCGGCGCUCCAGUGGGUGGCGUCCGUCUCUGACCCCUGGCUCUCCGACUACGCCGACCCCGGGCGCACGUUCCUCGCCGGCGACAGCGCCGGCGGGAACAUCGUCUACAACACGGCGGUGCGUGCGGCCAGCGGUGGUGGCACUGGAAACCACGUCGACAUCGAGGGGCUUGUCAUCGUGCACCCGUACUUCUGGGGCGUCGAGCGGCUGUCCAGCUCCGAGCUAGUCUGGGACGGGGUCGCCAUGUUUACGCCCGAGUUCAUCGACAGGGUCUGGCCGUUCGUUACGGCGGGCCGUCUCGAGAAGUACGAUCGCCGGGUCAAUCCUCUCGACGAGGAGGUCGCCUUGCUGACAUGCCGGCGUGUGCUGGUCGCCGUCGCAGAGAAGGACAGCUUGCGUGACCGCGGGCGCCGGCUAGCGGCCCGCGUGCGUGACUGCUGCGCGUGGGCGGAUGAUGAGAACGCGGUGACAUUGGUGGAGUCGGAGGGCGAAGACCAUGGCUUCCACCUGUACAACCCACUCCGUGCGACGAGCAAGGUUCUCAUGGAGGCCAUAGUGCAGUUCAUCAACCAGCCCACCGCCAUGCCAUUGCCGGCCGCUUUGCUGCCGGAGCUGCACGAGCUGCAUGCAUGCGGUGGUAACAAGAAGCCAUCUGCUGGUGACAUGGGCUCAUGCUUCCCUAUGCUAGGCGUGCCUACUAGGCCGUAUAUGGACGUAUUUGGUUAUGGCAUGGCCAUGAAAGCUUCGAGUGUCCCACAAGGUAUGACACGUACUAGCUGCUUACACAUUGGUGGACUGGGGAGAAGAGCAUCCAAGACUAGAUACGGGUUACCUUUGAGCCAUGCCAUCAGGCAUGACAAGACCAACAUGAGGUUCUCGUUCUCAGCAUCAACAGCUCCGGGGAGUUGUGUUUUUCACAACUUCAUCUAG